CCAUCCUAUGGUCCCAUCAGAGCCCUGCAGCCUGCAGCAGGCCUGAUGGGGGGGCGGGUGAUCCAGAGCCGUGGAGAGUCUGUUACUACAGCUCACACGGCCAUAUUGUUCAUCGUAGCUAGAUUGCUGGCAGAUCAUCAUAGUCCUUAGAUCUGUUACAGUUUAAAGUUAACCAUGAGCGAUAACGAUAAAGACUACAGCGGACGGGAGGACCGCUCUGCAUCCAGGACGUCAGCAAGCCACUUCCCAGAACGCUCUCCUGCAGGUUCAAAAGAAGGAUCCCACCACUCUCACUCCAAGUCUCGUUCACGUUCCCGGUCGAAACCCCAGGCUAAUCCCGAUCCAAACAGCUGCCUGGGAGUGUUUGGCCUGAGUUUGUACACCACAGAGAGGGAUCUGAGUGAAGUCUUCUCUAAAUACGGCCCCCUGGCAGACGUCUCUAUUGUGUAUGACCAGCAGUCGAGGUGUUCUAGGGGCUUUGCUUUCAUUUACUUCGAGAAAAGAGAUGAUGCUAAGGAGUAUUUUGCAGAUUUAUUCACUGUCAGGCAAAGGAUCGAGUCAACGGCAUGGAGCUGGAUGGUCGAAGGAUCAGGGUGGACUUCUCCAUCACAAAACGACCUCACACCCCAACCCCUGGAAUCUACAUGGGACGGCCCACAUAUGGUGGUGGUGGCAACGGCAUUGGUGGAGGUGGCCCAAGUGGUCCACGACGCAACUCGCGUGACUAUGGCCGUGGAUAUGACCGGGGGUACGACAGAGGUGGUUCUGACCGCUAUGAUGACAGGGACUACAACAGAUCAUACAGAAGGCGAUCUCCUUCACUGUACUACAGAGGGGCUUACAGGUCUCGCUCUAGGUCAUUAUUGAAGAACCUCCCUCUUAACCAGAAGUGUUUCUGAUGGUAUGAUUGUUUGCUGAAUAAGUUUGUUUUUUCUUAAGGUGAAGAUCGCACUUCUCUGUGUCUGUGUGUGUCUGUGAACAGUUUGUGUAUCUUGGCAUCGGGUGUGCAGCUGCAUCAGUGAAAAGACCCAAGCUGUCCCCUCAUGUUUUUAAUUUAAACUGUAUGGCUAACAGUCAUAAACAACAUUUUCAUGUUUAUUUUUAUUUUUUUGUAUACAAAUGUUAGUGGAAAUUCAUCUUGAGACUUAUUAAAAGAAAGAUGCAAUUGUUCA